AUGUGCUUAUUUUGUGAAAAGUCUUUCACUCUCACCCUCAUACAGCUAGAGCUGAGAAAAAAAAAGCACGCAUUCCGUGGACAUCCUGAUCUUCAAGGAGUCGUACAAGUUUACGAAGAGCUUGUCAGUAAAGGCGUCACGUUCCCACCAACUGAUCUAGAUGCAAUGGCACCAAUUUUAACUCCAAAGCAGGUGUGUUUUGCAUUUGUCCGACAUUUUAAGAAAAAUCUUUGCAGCUACGACGUGGUGAGUCAGCCAGAAGGCCCGAUUACUGCCUCGGCGGAGCAACUAGCAAAACUUCGAUCUGAUCUCGAUGUGGUCAAUUCGAAUCUGAAGGUGUUCCGCGAGAUGCUCACUGAAAUAACACCUGGUCGUGAAACAGCGGAUGAAUUGCAAUUGCUAAAAGAAUUGCACGCGACUUGCAAACAAAUGCAGCUACGAAUACUUGAUUUGAUUCGAACCGUAGGAAACGAAGAAGUAACUUGUAAGUCCGCUCAUGUGUGUUAUACGUUU